AUGUUAACUAAUGAACCUGAGCCUCAAGCUUUCACUGGAAUGAUGAAGAAUGGAAAGGCCAGUGUCUCUUUUGAGUGGUGGUUGGAGAACGUUGCUACCUAUCAUACUACAAAUGAUAAGAAUUUGCUCAUUAAGGUCAUAGAAGUGAAAGACACAGUGGAAAAUUGCAGUGGUGAUGAGACAGAUGUGACUCAUGUUGGAACUGCAAAUUUCGUGCUUUCUUCAAAAAGUGCAGAAGACAGUGCUGCAAAUAGAUUUUUGGAUCUAUCUUCAAAUGCGGUGAUAGAAUCCAGAGAUGCAGAAUUCUUUGAGAAUAAAUUUAUCAAAGAUCAUGGCUUGAGUGUUUCCGGAUCUACAGAUAUGAUUUAUGAAUCUCCUAUAGAAUCUGAAGCAAGCCCUUCUGACACUUACCCCACACAACUGGCUGUUGAAUCAGUUCCAGUUAGACUAGUCAAUUUGCCGAAAGGGGCUAAGGCUAUAGGUUGUAAGUUGGUAGUGAAGAAGAAACUGAAUAGUGAUGGAUCGUUAGCCAGAUACAAAGCACAUUUUGUAGCUAAAGGCUAUAGACAACAAAGUGAAGUAGACUAUUUUGGUGUCGACUCACCUGUGUGUUAUCUAUCAACUAUAAGAAUUCUUCUUGCUUUGACAUCUAUUGAACACUAUGUAGUGUAUGAAAUGGAUGUAAAGACAACUAGUGGAUGA